GAAGCGAUAGAACUCUGGAUGGAGCUGACUGACAUGAAUGCCGAGGAAAAUUCCCUGGGGUAUCCGCAGUGGGUCCUUGACGAAGAGUGGCAUGCUCUCCAAAAGGCGAUGGAUGAACACGUGGAAGACUUGGCCCAAGAGCAGGAAGCAGAUGAGGCGAGAUACAAGACUGGGCCCUGCGCACAGAGAUGGAACAGCCAAACGACCCAGGCUUCGAUUGCAGGUCUCACUCCAGCGGUCGAAAUGGAGCUGCAGCAACUGGCACCGCUGAGUGUGGCCGGCGGCAGUCCCGGAGUCCCGCACAUUCCCAGACCAGUGCCGCCGCAUGACACGCUGGCGGAGUUCUUUGCAAGCGAA